GUGUACCGUUUGAAGAUGGACGACCGUUACCCCGCGACCGAAGAGUACGAAGUCGAACGCAUCGUAGGCCACCAGUGGGACGGCAGGAAGAAGAAGAUCGUGUACCAGGUGCGCUGGAAAGGAUUCGGGCCGUUCUAUGACACGAAGCAGGUCGAAAAGGAUCUGAAGAACGCGCCCGACGUGCUGGCCGAGUACAAGCGGGAACACGGUCUAUGA